AUGCAGAACAAAAGCUUUGUAACUGAAUUCGUUCUCUUGGGGCUUUCACAGAAUGUAAAUGUUCAAAAAACAGUAUUUGUUGUAUUCUUGUUUGUCUACUUUGCAACUCUUGGGGGCAAUUUGCUAAUUGUGGUGACCAUCGGCAGCAGCCCAGCACUCCUGGGCUCCCCUAUGUACUUUUUUCUGUCUUUCCUGUCCUUCCUGAAUGCGUGCGUCUCCUCUGUCAUCACCCCAAAGAUGAUUGUGGACUCCCUUUAUGAGCGGAAAACCAUCUCCUUCAAGGGCUGCAUGACACAGCUCUUUGCUGAGCACUUCUUUGCUGGAGUAGAGGUGAUUGUCCUCACAGCCAUGGCCUAUGACCGCUACGUGGCCAUUUGCAAGCCCUUGCACUAUCCCUCUAUCAUGAACUGGAGGCUCUGUGGUCUUCUGAUGGGGGUAGCCUGGGCAGGGGGCUUCUUGCAUUCUGUGAUACAAAUUCUCUUUACUUUCCAGCUGCCCUUCUGUGGCCCCAAUGUCGUCGAUCACUUCAUGUGUGAUCUGUACCCAUUAUUGGAGCUUGCCUGUACUGACACUCACAUCCUUGGCCUUUUGGUGGUUGUCAAUAGUGGGUUUAUCUGCAUCAUAAACUUCUCCUUGUUACUUAUCUCUUAUUGUGUCAUUUUGCUCUCUCUAAGGACUCAUAGCUCUGAAGGACGGCAGAAAGCUCUCUCCACCUGUGGCUGUCACAUUGCUGUUGUGGUUUUGUUCUUUGUCCCAUGCAUAUUUGUGUAUGCACGACCUCCAUCUGCUUUCUCCUUUGACAAGAUGGUGGCCCUAUUUUACACUAUCCUAACUCCACUGCUCAAUCCUAUGAUUUAUACGCUCAGGAAUAAGGAAGUGAAAAAUGCCAUGAGGAAAUUGUGGACUAAAUUGGUGGUAGAUUCUGAUAAUAAAUAACAAUUAAACUUAAAUAAAUAAACAAAUAAAACUUUCAGAGGAAAGAAGUCAAAAAGGGCUUAGACAAGAACUUUAUAGUGGAUGGACCAUGUAAUACUGAAGGUUAUAUAUAAUAUAAAAAAACAAAACACUAAAGUGGAGGCCAGGAGAUAUUAUUUCCACCUCAGAUCACUUUCAUCUUGGAGUUGAAUUUUAUGCUUAUUUAGAAUAUAACAGUGAAAAGAAAUCAGGAAAAGUGGGGAAUCAGAUUAUCUAUUAAGCUGCUUGCCAUUCACAUCAUGGUUUGAAUAACCUUCAUGUAGAGGAUCCAGAAAAUAUCUUAAAGAGGAGGAGCUUUCUGAAACUCUUUUAACUCAAAAAAAAAAAAAACUUAUUUUGGGGGCACUGAACUUUUUGAACCCAGUUAAGUGGUAACGUAAAUGGUAAUUCUGUGAAUGGGAAAUUAUGGCUGAAAUUCAAGCAGCCACGAUGGACCAUGAGAAUGUGUGUUAAGGUUGCCAGAUAUGCAAGACUGAGGAGCCUGUAAUCCUGAUGUUGUUUAGCUGUAUGAACUAGCCCCAUACUACUUGCCUCCACCUUCCUUUGUGUGAGAGGGAAAUAAAUUUCUAUCUUGUUUAAGUCACUGUAAAAAAUAAAGUAGGCUCAGAAUCUACAUUUUGUAUUAUAUGUAUGAGCUGUUCUGACUAUUCAUGCUGUAAUAUUACCUGCUAAUUAGCUCUCAUAAAUUUCUUAUUUGUUCUAUGGGAUCC